UGGAGUGGCAGCCCCAGCACCACGGUGGGCAAGAGGCGGCCUGGGCACUGAGCGCCGCGAGCCCGUGAGGCUUCGCCCAGUCCUGCGCCUGCCCAGCUGGGGCCGCACCGCCCGUUCCCUGCACCCCCUUAUCUCCGGAAGCCCCCAGGAUGGUGAGGUGGUUCCACCGAGACCUCAGUGGCCUGGAUGCGGAGACCCUGCUCAAGGGCCGAGGUGUCCAUGGCAGCUUCCUGGCACGACCCAGUCGCAAGAACCAGGGCGACUUCUCCCUGUCCGUCAGGGUGGGGGAUCAGGUGACCCAUAUUCGGAUCCAGAACUCAGGGGACUUCUACGACCUCUACGGAGGGGAGAAGUUCGCGACACUGACGGAGCUGGUGGAGUACUACACGCAGCAGCAGGGCGUCCUGCAGGACCGCGACGGCACCAUCAUCCACCUCAAGUACCCGCUCAACUGCUCCGACCCCACCAGCGAGAGGUGGUACCAUGGCCACAUGUCCGGGGGACAGGCGGAGGCACUGCUGCAGGCCAAGGGCGAGCCCUGGACCUUCCUGGUGCGUGAGAGCCUCAGCCAGCCCGGGGACUUCGUGCUGUCGGUGCUCAGCGACCAGCCCAAGGCGGGCCCCGGCUCCCCGCUCAGGGUCACCCAUAUCAAGGUCAUGUGUGAGGGCGGCCGAUACACGGUGGGCGGCGGGCGCCUUUGUCUCCCUGCGGCAGCCCUACUACGCCACGAGGGUGAACGCGGCCGACAUUGAGAACCGGGUCUUGGAGCUGAACAAGAAGCAGGAGUCGGAGGACACGGCCAAGGCCGGCUUCUGGGAGGAGUUCGAGAGUCUGCAGAAGCAGGAGGUGAAGAACCUGCACCAGCGGCUGGAAGGGCAGCGGCCAGAGAACAAGAGCAAGAACCGCUACAAGAACAUCCUGCCCUUUGACCACAGCCGCGUGAUCCUGCAGGGCCGGGACAGCAACAUUCCUGGGUCCGACUACAUCAACGCCAACUACGUCAAGAACCAGCUGCUAGGCCCCGACGAGAACGCUAAGACCUACAUCGCCAGCCAGGGCUGCCUGGAGGCCACAGUCAACGACUUCUGGCAGAUGGCGUGGCAGGAGAACACCCGUGUCAUUGUCAUGACCACCCGGGAGGUGGAGAAAGGCCGGAACAAAUGUGUCCCGUACUGGCCAGAGGUGGGCACGCAGCGUGUGUAUGGACUCUAUGCCGUGACCAACUGCGAAGAGCACGACACGGCCGAGUACAAGCUCCGCACCCUACUGGUCUCCCCGCUGGACAACGGGGACUUGGUUCGGGAGAUCUGGCACUACCAGUAUCUGAGCUGGCCCGACCACGGGGUCCCCAGCGAGCCCGGAGGUGUGCUCAGCUUCCUGGACCAGAUCAACCAGCGGCAGGAGAGCCUGCCCCGCCCCGGGCCGAUCAUCGUGCACUGCAGGUGAGACAGCAGCACAGCUGAGGCCAGCAGCGGCACGGUGGCUAAGGCUGGCCUCCCACACGGUGACCGCGGUGCAGGCCUUGGUGGCUUGAGUCACGCCAGCCACGUGUGUGCAUCCCCAAAUCCCGCGAGAAGAAUGGGGACGGGAGGCAGCGUGGCCGUCCCCCGGGGCUGGUUGCUCACCUUCCCAUCUCCCUCUCGCGAGUGCACGCGCCCUGCGGUACAGACCUAAAACGCAGAGGCGGCUGAGCAGUAAAUGAUGCCAAGUGCCUGGCCCAGCGGUGGCACUGCCCACGAGCUAGUCCGAGCCCUCCCAUCACCCGGCCUCUCUGGGCUCCCUCGUGGCCCGGGUGUGUUCGUCAGAGACCUCCUGGCUGUGCUCUCCCGCCUGGCCCUGACACAUCCGGGCAAGGAAACUGAGACCCAGCGACCAGCUCGGCCACCCGCCAGCUCGCAGCACUCGCAGUAGCCCGGCCCUGGCUGCCCCACUCCCCUCGUGGUCCUAUGCCCCAGGACCUGCUCUCUGGACCGCGUGGCUCUCCACACGUGGCCCUGAGGGACUUGGGCGUCUUCCUCUGCUCUUCGCCUCCCCCUGCACUCCUGCAGCGGUGCAGCCUGCUCCCCCACCCCCAUCUCCCUGCUGGGCUCUGCUAGGGUGGCCAUG